GGUGCGUUGGUAUGGUGAAUAUACUAGGGGAUUGUGAUUUCCCCCAACUUGUGACUUUUGAAGUGGAUUUGGGCAUACUUUUACUUCUCCCGCACAGUGAUCAGUUGAUUGUGGGAUAGUUCAUGAGUUAGACUGAAGUGGGUGCUUGCUGGAGCAGUUCAACGAGAUGCGCGUUCGAUUCCCGCUAUGCCUCAUCCUAGUAGGUGUUUGUGCCAUUGGGCCAACUAAACUUGCUUUGAUCUUCUACGAUCAGUAGGAACUGUUAUUUAUGUACUACUUGAUGUCUUCUGUGGCUCUGAGAAUUACAUGGUGAAAAAAUUAAUUACUAAGCUUGUGACUAGCACAGUAGGAACUGUUAUUUAUGUACUACUUGAUGCCUUUUGUGGCUCUGAGAAUUACAUGGUGAAAAAGUUACUAAGCUUGUGACUAGCAUAAUAUGAAACUCAUAUAUGAUCUUGGAUGAUAGAAGGACCAAAGGAAAAAUGUUCAAUAGUCGUAGUGAAUUAUCUAAACAUAUGAACAAAAUAAGGUUUUCUCAUGAUCAAGUUCGAGAUGAGCGACCAUAUCUUGAGUGUGGAAACUGAUGUCACAGCUGUAUCCUCAUGGAAUCUUAUAUAAGGCCCACUCUCUCACUUUCGAUCUCUCCCUCCCCAGUCCCCAGGUCUCCCUCUCCCCGGCACUCUCUCUCGAGUCCCAUUCUCACAGUGUCACUGAGGCAGCACCGAUCGGAAUCGGAUAAAAUAGUCGGUUCAACUACAAUCGACGACCAGCGUACGGCAAAAGCAAGGAGAUGCCCCGGCGACAUUCUAGUGAAAUUUCGGCAUCAUUCCGGUGAAAUUCCGGCGACUUUCCGACGGCUUCUUUGCCGGCGAACCUAGUCAGGCAACAAAUCUCGACACCAAAACUAUAGUAACCAGCUAUAGCAGGAGUACUCCCGGUGAUUUCUAACCCUUUAUUUUAUUUUUACUUUAUUUUAUAUCUUUGUGCUUUAUUUUAUCGCGCAAUUUUUCGGUAUUUUUGCUGCCUGUAUUUUUUGUGGGAUUUGUGUCGGUUAAUUGGGUUCGAGUUGCUAUUGUUCUUAAAAUUGGGUUAAACUGUGUGCUUUGAGCUAUCGUUAUUGUUUUGCUGUUUUAACCUCUUCUGUUGCAUUUGUUGAGUAGUGGCUUGGGUAGUAAAUGGUGGACUAGGGUCAUGUCCUGGGGGGCUGCGGGUGCGGUCGGGGCCAGGUGGUGGGUCAAAGUUGAGACGCGGAGGACGGGGUUUUAGGGGAGGAGAGUCGAGAGAUGAUAAGUUUAGGGUAGGGUCGUGGAACAUAGGGACCCUUCAGGGUAAGUCGAUAGAGCUAGUUAAGAUUCUUAGGAAGAGAAGGAUCAGUAUUGCGUGUGUCCAGGAGACUAAAUAGGUAGGUUCUAAGGCUAGGGAUGUGGAUGGGUACAAGUUGUGGUAUUCAGGUAGUGAGAGGCAUAGGAAUGGAGUAGGUAUCUUAGUGGAUGAAAAGCUUAGGGGGCAGGUAGUGGAGGUUAAUAGGGUUAACGAUAGGGUGAUGACUAUUAAGUUGGUCAUUGGGGGUUUUACGGUGCACGUCUGUAGAGCUUACGCGCCACAGGUGGGCCUGGGCGAGGAGGAGAAGAGUUUUUGGGAGGUCUUGGAUGAGGUGAUUCAAGGCGUGCCUAGUUCGGAAAAACUCCUCUUAGGAGGGGACUUCAAUGGGCAUAUUGGGCAUUUGCCGAUAGGAUACGAUGAUGUGCAUGGUGGCUUUGGUUUUGGGGAUAGGAAUGAUGAGGGUACUUCUCUGUUUGAUUUUGCUAGGGCCUUUGGAUUGGUGGUAGUGAAUUCCAGCUUUCCGAAGAAAGAAGAACAUCUGGUUACUUUCCGUAAUAGGAUAGCCAAGACCCAGAUUGGCUUUUUGCUGCUUAGAAAGGGGGAUAGAGCUUUGUGUAAGGACUGUAAGGUUUUUCCGAAUGAGAAUCUUGCGACCCAAUAUAGACUUCUGGUGAUGGAUUUGGUUAUUAAGAUGGGCAAGAAGAGGAGGGGUGGGGAGGGUCGACCUAGAGUUAAGUAGGGUGGCCUGACUCCGGUCAGUGCUUUAGAGAUAGAGGCAAAGUUGGAAGGGAUGGGGGCAUGGGAGUGUCGGGGGGACGUGGAUAGUAUGUGGGAUAGGGCGGCGGGUUGCAUUAAAGAGACUUCUAGAGAGGUUUUGGGUGUCUCUAAGGGAUGGUCUGGCCGGCAUCGGCGGGAUUGGUGGUGGAAUGAAGAAGUUAAGAAGAAGGUGGAGACGAAGAAGACGGCUUACAUUAAGUUGGUUGAGAGUAAGGAAGAAGAGGAGAAGCGAGUGUGCAGGGAGGAGUACAAACUUGCUAAGAAAGAGGCUAAGUUAGCAGUUACUACUGCUAAGACAACAACAUUUGAGAGACUUUAUUUGGGUUUAAAGGAGAGAGGCAGGGAAAAGAGGUUGUACAGGCUUGCCAAAACUAGGGAGCAUAAGGGUUGGGAUCUAGACCAAAGUGAAGUGCAUUAAAGGAGAGGAUGGAAAAGUUUUGGUGGAGGACGUUCUAAUUUAGAAAAGAUGGCAGUUGUAUUUCCAUAAGUUCCUGAACGAUGAGGGGGACAGAGGUAUUGUGUUAGGGGAGUUGGAGCACACUAAGCAGCCUUGCGAUUUCGGCUACUGUCGGCGUUUUAAGGUCAAGGAAAUAUGUGAGGCUAUUUGCAAGAUGCGAAGGGGCAGGGCGAUGGGUCCCGAUGAGAUUUCGGUGGACUUUUGGAAGUAUGCUAGCGGAGUGGGAUUGAGGUGGCUAACCCAUUUGUUUAACAAUAUUUUCAAGACUGCUAAGAUGCCCGAGGCGUGGAGAUGGAGUACGGUGAUUCCUUUAUACAAGAACAAGGGAGACAUUCAAAGUUGCAACAACUACCGUGGUAUUAAGCUGUUGAGUCACACGAUGAAGAUUUGGGAGAGGGUGGUGGAGCGGAGGUUGAGGAAGAUAGUGCCUAUUUCGGAGAAUCAAUUUGGAUUUAUGCCUGGUCGAUUGACGAUUGAGGCAAUUCACCUUGUGCGCAGGCUGGUAGAACGAUAUAGAGAGAGAAAGAGGGAUCUGUACUUGGUGUUUAUCGCUUGGAAAAGGCAUAUGACAAGGUUCCUAGGGAGGUUCUGUGGAGAUGCUUGGAGGCGAGAGGAAUACCAGUGGCGUACAUCCGUUCGAUUAAGGACAUGUAUGAGGGGGCGAAGACUCAGGUAAGGACGGUGGGAGGGGAUUCCGGGCACUUUUCGGUUUUGACAGGGCUGCACCAGGGAUCGACUCUUAGCCCGUUCCUAUUCGCCUUGGUGAUGGAUGUGUUAACGCGAAAUAUACAAGGGGAGGUUCCUUGGUGUAUGCUCUUUGCGGAUGAUGUAGUUUUGAUUGAUGAGUCGCGCCGAGGUGUUAAUGAUAAGUUGGAGGUUUGGAGACAGACUCUGGAAUCUAAAGGAUUCAGGUUGAGUAGGACCAAGACGGAGUACUUAGAGUGCAAGUUUAGCGAUUUGAGGCAAGAGGAUAAUGUGGUGGUGCAGUUGGAGUCGCAGGCGGUUUGUAGGAGGGAUAGUUUUAAGUAUCUUGGGUCUAUGAUCCAGGGGAAUGGAGAGAUUGAUGAGGAUGUCUCCCAUCGUAUUGGGGCAGGUUGGACGAAAUGGAGGCUUGCCUCGGGAAUUUUAUGCAAUAAGAAGGUGCCUCUUAAGCUUAAAGGUAAAUUCUAUAGAGCUGCGGUCCGGUCGGCCAUGUUAUAUGGGGCGGAGUGUUGGCCUGUUAAGAAUUCUCUGAAGGUUGCGGAAAUGAGAAUGUUGCAUUGGAUGUGUGGAUUUACGAAGGCGGACAGGGUCAUGAAUGAGACUAUUCGGGAGAAGGUGGGAGUGGUUUCGGUGGAGGAUAAGUUGCGGGAAGUGAGGUUGAGAUGGUUUGGCCACGUGAUGAGAAGAGGCAUGGAUGCCCCAGUCCGUAGAUGUAAGGGGUUGGUCUUGGAGGGUUUCAAGCGGGGUAGGGGUAGACCAAAAAUGUACUGGCGAGGAGUGAUUAGACGUGACAUGGAACAAUUACAGCUUACUGAGGACAUAACCCUAGAUAGGAAGGUUUGGAGGAAGAGUAUUAAACUAGAAGGCUAAGGUGGGUGGUCGAGUCGUAGUCCGUAGUUAGGAGGUUUAAGGAUAGCUUGGUUGAGAGUUCCAGUUAUGGGGGAGGGGGUCCUUGGGUUGUGGGUUGUUAAUUAUACUAUUUUUUUUUUUGUGAAUGUUGGUUCUUUUGUAACUUUAGCAUAUUGCUUGCCUUUUGGUUAAUUAUACUUUAUUUUUUUGGAUGUUGGUUCUUUGUUCUUUAUCAUGUUGCACAACUGUUGGUCUACGGUCUUUUGUCUUGAGCCGGGGGUCUAUCGGAAACAACCUCUCUACUCCUUCGGGGGUAGUGGUAUGGACUGCGUACAUUUUACCCUCCCCAGACCCCACUAUGUGGGAAUAUACUGGGUUUGUUGUUGUUGUUGUUGUAAUUUGAUUGUCCAUCCUAUUGAUUUUAUGCUUGAACCAUGCCUUGAGACCGCGAUUGUCCGCAUACCUCUUUCACCUGCUGUACCAGUUGUGUUAUAGAAACUCUAUUAAUUUGUUUAGCAGUACAGUGUAUUGGUUUCCUUUGGUUAAGUUCUUACAUCUGUUGUGGACUGAAUUCUACAAUUUAUAUACAUAUCAAAGACUUUGGGAUUUCUAUUCGCAUAGAUUCUGUCUUUUGCACAGUAGCUUUCUCAGAUUGCUUUGUGAAUAAUGUGGACUUUCUUCAGCGUAUAUCUCUUGCAAACUUGUUAUAUAGGGCUUCCUUCCUAGAUUCAAGUUGAAAAAGCUGCAUCUUGAAAGAGAUUCUUAGUUUGUUUUUGGGUUGUGGGGAGGGGAAAGGGGAUUCCUCAUCUUGGUUUCAUUUCAUUGGCUGAUGAAAAGAAUUUACAUGUCCUUAGGAAAAUUGAAAAACAUUUAGGUGUCAUGUAAAAGUUAGAUGUCGUAGACUGCCAUUUGUAUUCCUAGUCUUUCAUCCAUCCAUAGUAAUCAGAACUCCAAUUAUUCCAUCACCAAGUAUUUUAGUGGAAUGAAUAGGUAUAGGAUCACCUUACCUAGAUGUCUUAGAUUACUCUAGUUUAAUAGCUUGAAUGGAUAAAUGUAGUCAAUAAAGAAGAACAAUUUUUUCCCCUUCAAAUGAUAGUAUCAUAAAUGUUACUCCUUUAUGAAACAUUUUACACACAGGACAUUUCUAGUGAAAUUUCCCACUUCUAAUCAUAUUCAUGAAUUAAAAAAGUUCACACAGUUACCUUUGAUAAUCUGAAUGAUAUCAACAUUAUCUUUUGCAAGAGGGGAUUUCAAUUUCUGCACAUAGAAAUCGUGGUUGCACUUUGAAACAAAAGCCCUGGCUUGUAGUACUUGUGGUUCUAUAGGUCUUCCAGAUUGAAAAGUUGCUCUCAUGCUGUCAAAAUUCAAACUGAGCAAACUAUAUACUCCAGUACAAGAGCCCAAAGAACUUUUAAUCUUUGGAUCUUCUUCAUUUUGCAACAGUGAUGAACACUAAGUUAAUGCUCUAGAAAAUUUUGAUGCCAAUUCAAUUGUUAAUAUUUCAAGUUCAUGAAAAUUUUUGCUGUUUUUAAUCCAGGAUCUGAUCCAACAACCUUCAUGCAAAAGUUUGGGUCUUGGAUAUGUUUGUGACAAAACUGUGAUACUAAGGGGGAUUGGCUUGUGGCUAGCUUUGUGCCACACAAGAAAAUGAACAUAAUCAGUGAUGAUGAAGGGAACAAUAGUUUGCCCAUUCUCUAUUGUUGUGAAAAUAGUUCUAUAUAAAAUAAGCCUUUGAACAUGUCUUUUAUAGUUGCAAUUAUGAACUUCUUUGGGAAUGCAUUUAUGGCGAGGAGACCCAGGAUGAUAGGGUCAACAUGAAUAAAUUAUUGCUGAUCAUAAAAUUACCUAACUAAGCAAACAUAGCUGUAUAUAACUAUACUUUUAAAAUGUUACCAAAUAUAGUUAUGGUUUAGGUUUGGUAUAAUGCAUGAACGCUCUUUAACUUGGCAUCAACGGGUAUUUAUAUCUUCCUAACUUUGGAUGUGUAUAAGUAGGCACUUAAACUUGUAUAAAAUUACACAUCAUACAUUACAUGCUACAAAAUAGUUCGAGUGUAUUGCACGCGAAUCGUUGUGUCGGAUGCGUGUGUCUGCUUGUUCAACUUUAUACUAAUUUAAGUGUCUACUUUUGCACACUCAAAGGUUGCUGGCAUAGAUGCCAACUGAAGUCAAGUUAAAGGCACGUUAAUGUAUUGUCCCGUUAGAUUUUAUAGCAAAUCUCUAAAAAUUGACCUAAAACCUUCACUCUCUCUCCCCUGGAUACUUCCCUUGGACCUUCCCCUCUUUUGUCUAAAUGGGUAAAAUUGGAGAAUAAAGUACAGUUUAUGUCUUAGUUUCUUUUCCUUAAUAGGUGUCCAUUGGGGUAGAAGAUCAUUUAUUUUGGACUAGAGGGAGUAAUAUAAAUCUGAUUGUCUUCCUAUUCACUUUAUGCUUGCACUAUACCUUGUGACUUAUAGUGUGCAUAUGCCUCUUUUACCUGGUAUACCACUUCUAUUGAGGAAAUACAACCACUUUAUUUUGCUGCAUCUUUAAUUUUCUUAGAUGUUAUCUCUAUAGAUGGCAGUUUGACUACAUAUAGCUCGAGAACUAUAUAUUAAAUUGCAGUUAUUGGCAGUAAAUCAUCAAACUAAUAGUUCCACAUUACAUAUAUUCAACUUUUUUUUCUUAUUUUCUCGAAAAGGUGGCUGCUAUUUAAACUUUUGAACUAGUUUCUGGGCUAUUUGUAUUGGAAUAGCAGUUUUGAUACAUUGGCAUCAUGCUUUUUUUGUGGUUACUGAUUUCUGCAGUUUAUAACUUUAUAUGCAUAUCAGAUCCCGGAUAUUAAUAUGCGUAGAUUCCGUCUUCUGCACAGUAGUUUUUCUCAUAUUGCUUUGUGAUAAUGGGGACUUCUUCAGUGUAUUUCACUUGCAUUUGUUAUGUUGAACUGCCUUUUAAGGUUCAAGUUGUAAACAAUGCAUCAUGUAAGAGAUUCUUGUUUCUUUCUGUUUUUUUUUUUCUGUCUUUUUCUUUUUGUUUGGGGCUCUUCUUGGUUUCAUUCCAUUGGUUUUGGCUGUAUGUAUUCCCAGUUGUUCACCCAUUCCUAGUAAUCAUAACUCUCAUUACUCCAUCACCCAGUAUUAUGAUGGGAUGAAUAUGGUCAUCGCACUUGAAGGUCUCAGAUUCCGUGGAAUGGAAGAAUUUCUGGUAGGGAGCAAUUGCACUCUUAUGCUUGAACCAUGGCUUGUGGUUGUGAUUGUCCACGUACCUCUUUUACCUGGUGUAGCUCUUGUGCUGUAGAAAUGCAACUAAUUUCUUUAGCAGUGUAGUGUAUUGGUUUCGUAUGUUUAGUUCUUACAUCUGUUGUGUGCUGAAUUCUGCUAUUCAUAUGCAUAUCAAAGGAUUUUGGAUUGCUAUAUGCAUAGCUUCUAUCUUUUGUACAGUAGCUUUCUCAGAUUGCUUAGUGAAUAAUGGGGGCUUCUUCAGUGUAUAUCACUUGCAAACUUGUUAUGUAGAGUUGCCUUCUCAGAUUCAAAUUGAAAGAGAUUCUUAGUUUAUUUUUGUGAUGUGGGGAUGGAGAGGGGGAGGGGGGUUGCUCAUCUUGGUUUCAUUCCGUUGGAUGAUGUUUGAAUUUACAUGUCCUCAGGAAAAUUGGAAAACAUUUUGAGAAGCCUCUGGCAGAAAUGAAAGUUAAGGCUGCGUACAAUAGACCCUUAUGGUCGGGCCCUUCCACGGAGCCUGCACAUAGAUUUAGUGCACCGGGCUGCCUUUUUCUUUUUUUUAAAAGAAAAACUUUUAAUUUCUUGUUUCAUGUAAAAGUUAUAUAUCGUAGAUGGCCAUUUGUGUUCCUACUGUUUCACUCAUUCAUAGUAAUCAUAACUCCAGUUACUCCAUCACCAAGUAUUGUGGUGGAAUGAGUAGGUAUAGGAUCACCUUACCUAGACGUCUUAGAUUCGAGUUUAGGAAUGGGUACAAUUCAAUGUGCUUUACGUGUUGGGGUUUGUCGGGACUUCAAAGCCGAUAGGAUGAAAACCAAAAAGAAAAAAACAACUCUCGUUGCCGGUUCCAUCUCUUCUUAUAUUGCCCAUGUUUAAUUGUUUGAAUGGAUAAACAUGGUCAAUAAAGACGCACAAAUUUUUCCCUUCAAAUGAUAGUAUUAUAAAUGUUACUCCUUUAUGAAACAUUUUACACACAGGACAUUUCUAGUGAAAUUUCCCACUUCUAAUCAUACUCAUGAAUUAAAAAAGUUUACACAGCGUUACCUUCGAUAAUCUGAAUGUGUUUCAACAUAUCAUCAUUAUCUUUUGCAAGAGGAGAUUUCAAUUUCUGCACAUCGAAAUUGUGGUUGCACUUUGAAACAAAAGUCCUGGCUUGUAGUACUUGUGGUUCUAUAGGUCUUCCAGAUUGAAAAGUUGCUCUCAUGCUGUCAAAAUUCAAACUUGAGCAAACCAUAUGCUCCAGUACAAGAUCCCAAAGCACUUUUAAUCUUUGGAUCUUCUUCACUUUGCAACAGUGAUGAACACUUCUUAAUUAAUGCUCUAGAAAAUUUUGAUGCCAGUUCAAUUGUUAAUGUUUCAAGGUCAUGAAUACAUUUUGCUGUUUUUAAUCCAGGAUCUGAUCCAACAACCUUCAUGCAGAAGUUUGGGUCUUGGAUAUGUUAGUGACAAAACUGUGAUACUAAGGGGGAUUGGCUUGUGGCUAGCUUUGUGACACAUAAGAAAAUGAAAAUAAUCAGUGAUGAUGAAGGGAAAAAUAGUUUGCCCAUUUUCUUUUGUUGUGAAAAUAGUUCUAUAUAAAAUAAGCCUUUGGACAUGUCCUUUAUAGUUGCAGUUUUGAAUUUCUUUGGGAAUGCAUUUAAAGCGAGGAGACCCAGGAAGAUAGGGUCAACAUGAAUAAAGUAUUACUGAUCAUAAAAUUACCUAAUUAAGCACAUAUAGCUGUAUAUAACUAUACUUUUAAAAUGUUACCAAAUAUAGUUGUGGUUUAGGUUUGGUAUAAUACGUGAACGCUCUUUAACUUGGCAUCUGCGGGUAUUUAUAUCUUCCUAACUUUCGACGUAUAUAAGUAGGCGCUUAAAUUUGUAUAAAGUUACACACACGUCUUACAAGACAUGCUACAAGUCAGUUCGAGUGUAUCGCACGCGAAUUGUCGUGUAGGACCCUGAUCCGUGUGUCUGCUUGCUUAACUUUAUACAAGUUUUUAAGUUUCUACUUGUGCACACUCAAAAGUUGCAGGGCAUAGAUGCCAGCUGAAGCCAAGUUAAAAGGCACAUUUAUGUAUUAUGCCGUUAGGUUUUAUAGCAAAUCUCUAAAACUUGACCUAAAUUCUUCUCUCUCUCUCCCCUUGAUACUUCCCUUGGACCUUCCCCUCUUUUGUCUACUUUAUAUUCUUCUUCUCUUUCCCCUCAUCCUCUCUAAAACCAGUUACUUUGGGGUCGAAAAAAUGAUAUAUAAAUUGGAUCCAGCGGCCAUGGGAAGCUGAAUUGAGCUCUAUUUUCUCUUUCAUCCCGGAGUAAUUUUUCCAUGGCGAACACCAUAAUUUCAUCUCUGUCAUUCAUUGGAAAUGUCUAACAUCCAAUCUUUUAAUGAACAAACUUGAUAUGGGUUUUUGAUAACUUUUCAAUCAAAGAUAAUCUCAUCAGAUAUAUGAUCAUUUUGGAAAUUUGACAUACAUUUCAAUAGUAAUUCUUUAUCUGGUCUGUCCUCCCUGCCAACAAGAAAUUGGAAUACUCAAGUCUUUAAGUUGAAGUGUUACCGUCUUAUGCCCUUUAUCCAUGUGUAUGCAUUCAAUUAGUUUAUUUGACGCUUUUGAUUG